AGGUACUGGUACCGCAUCGAUUUUUUCACAGACCACGUGCCCAUAUUCUCCCCUAUCUUAUCGUGGAGAAGUACAUUUUGAUUUUCAUUUGUUUCACUGAUUCGCAUACUGGACUCCACGACGUACCACCUUUAUGCCUAAGUAUAAAGAAGUAAAAAAGCUGACUCUCCAGUUCUCCAAAUAGAAGCGAUAUAUCUGUUUUAUGUACAGGUUGCAUAAGUGAGAUAAUGUUGGAUCAAGUGUAGAAAAGAGGGGUAUCUCAAUGAUCUUGAUAAAAUUGAUGAAGAGUUAUUGUGCGUACUCGACGUCCCCUCUUGCAUAGUCUCCAACCGAGUAGUUGUACACAACUGGCGGCCUAAGAUUGCCUUGACAACGUCCACGUCCUCUGCAUUGCGAACUCCGCAUUUACUUCCGAUCAGGAACCACAACAGUACAAUUCUUGAGUAACGAACAGCAGCAGGAGAACGAAAUGGGCACCCGACGAUUUUUUUUCGGUGACUUGUACAAACAGAAAGUGUACAAGGGACACCAUGAGCCGCUUUUCGACACUGCUGGUUUCGCAGAGCUAUUUCCAAAGGAGUGGUUGGAUCCUAAGUUUGCCGAAGCCGUGGAAAGCGGGAACUUCGAAAAGCUGCUAAAGCAACAUAUGCCCGGAGUCUACAGCUUUCCCUGUUUCUCAGAAGCGCUGUGCGACAAGCUCGUGGCGGAGAUAGAACAUGUACUAGAACUGUUAAUGCGGCCUGCGUCUGUUAGAUUGAGGUUGAGGUGUUGCUAAUCUCCUCUGGUACUACAAGUACAACGUCGUAUUCUAUUAUAUCAUAGACUUUUUUUUGCGAAAUGAAAAUGUAUUUCGAUCCCUACACGACGACGACGGCAUAAGAACCUCUUCAGGCGACCGCACUAGCGAAUAUGGAUGAUCGGGAUGAGGGGUCACUCGAUGGCUACCUGGACAGACCCAACGGGAUGAACCGCUUUGGAAUUGUCCUGAAUCAGCUGGGUCUAGAGCCCUUUGCCUCUUACUUGCAGACCAAUUUCGUCUACCCUCUGGCCAAAAGCGUAUUCCCUAUUGAGGCGGAGCAAUUCGAUGACCAUCAUUGCUUCUGCGUGCGCUACAGUGACGACCUGGACACCGGCUUGGAUAUGCAUGAGGACGAUUCGGAUGUCACCCUAAACGUCUGCUUGGGAAAAAAAUUCAGUGGCGCAACGUAUACUUCUUUUUUUGAUGGUUGUUGAACUGCUUAGGAGGAGGCGCUUUUAGCUUUGAUUUCUUUCGCAGCACCAGGUUCAGGUUAUGAGAUUUGACUCCAGAAAGUUCUCAAUUGAUAACGCGUGCCACGCGGUUUACCUGCAAUGGUUCGACCAACUAAUCAGACUUUCGUUCUGCCAUAAUAUUGACGAUCCGCAGCAUCGAAAGGAGGGCUUUGUGUAUACGCAUCAGAAAGGUCACGCAGUCCUGCAUCUCGGUAGGCAACGGCAUGGAGCCGAUAAUAUCGAUAGCGGGGAGCGAAUAAAUUUCCUCUUGUGGUCACUCAAUGCCAAGUAUCGGACGGGGAGCAAAUUUCGGGAAGACCGCAUGCGCCGUGGAACGGGAGAGCCGGACCAAAUAUGUCUCAGCUACACCCACGAUGCGGACUAUACAAGGUAGAGAGCAAUUCCUCAUAGAAUUUUGACUGCAAACUUCAAAUAAAUGAAGAAAGUUGAUGACUGACCAGCGACGGGCCAGAAUGAACGUACAUCAUAGAAGCUGUUGUAAAAAGAAUUGUUCUGGGCGGCUAAGACUACUCACGUCGUCUUCAAGUUAGAUGGUACAAGCACAAGGGGAGAUGAUGGAGAAUAUCUGACACAAGCUCGCAUCAAUCCGUAUCCACAAAGAUUACUUUCAGGUAUAAACAAGCUCCGUCUCGCAAGGAGGCCGAACAGCGCGGGGUGAUGUUGCAUCAGGUUGUUCGACGAGCGCAGGACGCGGCGCAACCAGUUCGUAACCUUGCAGCCCCUGGACAGGAAGUGAACCUCGAACCCUGUUUCUGUGUCUUCCUGGAGGAUGUUGCGGAUCCUAACCAGAAAAAGUCAGCUGCCGCGAACCUUGUAACGCUCAGUGACUUCAUACGAAAAAACGAAGAAAACAAAGGGUACUCUUCGCUUUAUCAAUGAAAGGCUAGAUUAUCUAUCACUAAUACCAGGCGGCCUUCGACUCCGUCUCCGUGGCCCGGAGUCACUCUGUGACCAUUGUGUCUGGCCUAGCGCGGGUUGCUGCGGUGAUACCGCCUGAUGGAGCUGCAGGGAGGUCUCCGUGCGCCUUAGGCGUCCGCGAUUAUUUACGCAAGAACCCCGAACGAGCUGGCAAAGAGACGAAGGAAACCAGGAGGGACAGAGAGCGGGGCCCGCCGCUGUGUUCUGUGUAAGUGUCGGCGUUUCCGUUCGUUUUUCCGCUCUGGCUGUCUGCGUGUGUCAUCCGUACGCGAGCGCACAGGAGGAGCAGGGUGCGAGUGUCGUCAGCGCGAUGCGUCCCCUACAGCGAUCCCCCCAAAAGCCUCGGCAGCUGAUUCACUUACUCGCUUCGGGUGGGGGUUGCAUCCUCUGAAGACUUCGGCAAAGUGGACUCGUGUGCAAGAGCUCGGGCCCUCGCCUAGUGGGUUGCGAGUCUGUGGGCCGAUGGACUUCCAAGCGGGGUGGCGUGGAGUGGACACAAGAAGGCCGCAGGGCGGGGGGAGAAGGGAGCAGAUUGACGUGCAGGCGUGCGACUUCUUGCGCGUGCUGAUCUAUACAAGCAGGGGCGUGGUGCAUAUCCUUAGCAGCCGGCGCCCCUUGCUGCGUAUGCUUAGCUUUCUGCAUUGAGUUACUUUGUUGCUUGGAGUCUGGCGAGCCUCAGGCUUGAGGGUCAAUACUUUCCCAAGCUUCUGAGCUUGGAGGCUGACGGAGUCAAUCAAGCUGCUCGAUUUGGUGGUUUUUGUCUGUUUCGCUUUUUGUAGUUGAGGCUUCGGCCCGCUUCUUUCUUGGGGGUGCGUCUGGUGUGCGCCUUGCUUUUCUUGAUCUUGGCGUCGGCAGGCGCAGGAGCGGGCCCGCGGGCUUGCCUCGCUUGGGGUUGGGAGGAAGGCUGCGAGCUCCUUUCUACUUCCGGGGGCGUAGUGAGUACGUAUGAUGUGCCGCGUGUGGGGGUAAGUUGCUUGAUGGGUUGGCUCAAAGUAGCGGGCAGGGGCGGAGCAUGUUCUCGCGUCUGUCAUUUGUCUGCGUCAGCCGGCGCGGUUGCUCAUGCAUGGCCGUGCUGCAUAGACUUGGGGUUGGGGGUGCGUAGGUUUUCUUAUGUUUGAGGCAACGAACUGGCGCGCCGCGCAGUGCUGCGGGCAAGUUUGGCCUGCGUUAGUAAGCUAUCGAGAGUUGGCGCGUCUCGUAACCACUGGCAGGCAUUAUUGUCAUUUUUUUAUUUUUACAACCAUUCAAAUGCUACACUUCCAGCGUGCUCUCAGUCUCAGUCUCACUAUCAGUAGGUUAGUUCUGCGCUUGUUCCUACUUUACUCCUUAAUUAUAACUUUUUGUUCUUAUUUCUUUGAUUUUCGAAAUCGCUCCAAGUCCAACCAACGAACUAUAGUCAUAGUUAUUGCGCUGUGAGCAGGAUAACAAAAACAAACUCAUUUAUAAUCACAUAUAGCUCCUCCCCCGAUGCGUUGAUUGGUGCCAUGCCGGUGUAUUGUAGUGUUGCUCGGAUGGGUGCCGCUGUGCAGAUUCGCCAGUUGUGUCGUGUCCCGGAUGGUCAUUUAGCCGCUUGCAUUAUCGAUAUUCGAAAGUUAAGGCUCACGGGAAUUUACUCUUAUCGUCAUUUAUUGUCCUUGUCGCAGAUAAGUAUUUCUUUUUAUCAAACUUUUGAGGCCCCCGAAGAAAGAUUACAUGGCAGACUUUUAAGAAUUUCUAGUCCAACUGAGGCGGUCAUCAAUAUCAUCGAAAGAAGAAAAAUCCUGAGGUGAAAAAUCGUGGGCUCUAUCACCUCUAAGUAUGGGCGUUUACUAUGGUUUAUACAAAGCAGACGAAUGCACAGACGAAGGCAUGAAAGAGUUCUAUAUGAAGUGGCGACGCGGCAAGUUAGAUCCCGAAAAAAUGACAGGGAUGAACGAGGACUAAAAUCGCAGAUGAAGUUUCUCUGCUGUAUGUUUAAGGUUACAUGCGUUGGUACAAACGUAGAGAUGGGCAAACAUCGUCGACGAUACUUAAUGUGUCGACAUGAAAAUGAAAAAUGCCAUUUUUAAGGUAAACGCACGUGGUUCCAACAAUCAUGAAAACACAAACAUACCGGGUCCCAAGAAAUCGACCAAAACUGUAGUUGAUGUUACUGCGACAAGAGCAUGUUCGUCUUCUUCUUCAUCUGGCCAGUCCUCAACACUUCACAACAAGAUGCUUAGAUGUACAGAUGAGCUCCUAUCGCGCCCAUAUGAAUCCACACGUGCAGCAUUCCUAAAUAUCACAUAUGUACUAGAAGUUCUCGUCUAGUAUGACUGUUUUGACUUCUUGCUGGAAAUUAGUAUCUUCACGGACAGUUUCUUUGCAAAGUCAAUAAUGAUGGAGUCCUUACCAAAAUAUUUUUUGUUUGAACGGGCACCAUAGAUCAUAAAGCUCUUCACACUCACUACAGAAACAAAGAGAUACAUUCAAUUGUUCAUUGUUCUUAAAGAUAUGGCCACGAUACAACGUACAAACGUCGGCUUGUAAAUGAAAUCAAAGUUACCUCACGCGAUCCUAGCUGAGCCCUCUGAUGCUCAUCCAGUUUGAGACUGGUAAUUGUGGCGACACCGUUAUCACUGUUUCUCGAGUACCUGUUUCUAGAAAGAUCGUUCGAGAUCGUGAUCGAGCCACAGCGACAGCCAGGUUUAUUUUGAUGUGACUGAUCAUAUUUUCUUUUUUCUCAUGCGCGGUGUGAUGUUCUACUCGAAAAUAAACUAUUACUCAAGUAGGUAGGAGCAUACAAGGCAAAGAAGUGCGCAUAUGACUACAACAAGCGGCCACUCCGCAAGAACAUCAACAUGAAGAUAGAUCGCAAAUCCGAAAGGAUUUACCGUUGUUAGAUCACCAAGCAGAAAAUCCUGAUCUACUUGAUGGAUCCUAAGUAAUACAAGUGAAAGCUUCAUCCACCUGAUCCUCUUCUCAGCGUCGUCGACAACUUUGUGGAAAGAAUGAAACAAUCAAAAUGGCAGAAACAAAUGAAGAUGUAAGGACUCUCACCACGAGAAAUUUUGAGCUCUCGAAUUAAUAUGAAGAUACUGAUCCGAUCAUCUGCAGAUCCUACUACACCAAGAAGAUUCGCACGUGGUGCAG